GGCGAAGCACACCUCUUCCCAGCCCACACCAUCUUUCCAAGCUACACGCCCGCUACCGCGCCCUGCUCCCUCGUUCGGCUGGCGAACUUCGCGAUGGACCUGAAUUCUCAUUUCGACCAACUCUUCUACAAGGCUUUCCCCGACGCUGUACCCAAGAGUAGCGACGAGCGUAUACUGCAAGACCAUAUCCGGGCGUAUGCCCCGCCUGAAGCGGCGCAACCACUCUUGGCUUUCAGCCGGGGAGAGUUUGCUUACCCCGAUCCGAGUAGCAGUUGGUAUCUCCCACCCGUAGGACCGUCAUCCUCAUCUGAGCCACCCCCGACACAACAACAACCACGGCAGCAACAGCCUCCACUGAGCCUUGAUCUGCCUCUACGAUACACUCACCGACCUGACCUCGAGUUUUCGCCAAUCUCGGCAACUAAUACGCCCGUAACACCAUAUUGGAACGACUUGCCCAGUACCCCACCAAGCAGUGCAAACUCGACAGUUUCCCCCGCGUCUGCAUUUCCCGAAUCGCCUCCCGCGCACGGCACCGUGUUCGGGGUCGAGGGUGAGGAGGGCCCUGCCAUAUCCAAAUCACUUCCUGCGGCUUCAACCUCAAGGAGAGACGAGGGUUCGUCAAAACGCGGCACAGCGAAACGACGCAACACGGACCCAUACGAUCGCCGAAAACGCGAAAGGAGCAAAGACAAGGACAAGGACAAAAAACCGACGGUAGCGUGCUACUUCUGUCGGCAGCGCAAAAUUGCCUGUGGGCCACCAAUAACGGGGUUGGGGAUGAGCAUGGAUGCAUGCAACCAAUGCCAACGCCGAUCGCUCAAGUGUGCAUACCCUUCAGAGAGUCGACGCGGGAAAAGGCCCCAAACGGAGGCUGUUACUGAGGCAACGACCAGUGCAAGUCCUGAGGCAGCAGAGAAGGACAAGGGAGAGCUGUCGGCCAAAGAUGAAGAAGACCUUGUGCUUCGGAUGGACGAUGAUAUGGAGAAGGAGGACUCGCUUGACUUCGAAAUCGACUCUCAUCCACAUUUGCUGUCCAUCAUGGACCCGCUCUCCCCCCUCCUCAUCUAUUCCAUUCUCUCCCCAUUCUCCUUCUGCCCUGGAUAA